CAGCAGCAUAAGAUAGAUGCUUUAUUGGCUACUAUUUCUACCACGUAUGCACCCUAAAAGCCACUUCUUGAAUUUCGGAUUUAAGCCAAUUGUUGCCAAAUCAACUUGGAUACGAUUGAAACGGAUGCAAGUCAUAUCAAUCCUUUGAUCUGUUGUGCAUGAACAUUGGAUUCAGUAAUGCAUUGAUUUUUAUCACCAUCAUCAUCUUUCGCACAAAAGAAUGGCAACACCUACUACGAUGAUGAGACCAUUGGCACCUGCCAAGCCAACAGCGACGACAUCCAGCAAAAGUGCUACCACAAACAACACAUCAAAAGCGAGAACGUUGGCACCUGCACCAUCAAAGAUUGCACCUGCUCAAGGAGCAAGACCCUUGAAGCCUUUGAUUGCGGCCAAAGCUUCUCCUUCAAUUAAUUCAUCAUCAUCUACUACAGUAAGGAAACUUGCACCAUUGGUUCCGACAAAGAGUGGAAAGAAUGAGACAACUGCCGCCCACUCUUACACCUCAAAGCAGACGACAUCUGUCCCUCCUGCGUCAAAAAUCAUUCACACGUCAUCAACAUCCACAUCAUCACUCAAUGCACAAGCUAAAAGACUGGAAGAAGAACGUGAGAAGAUGUCACUACAAGAAGAUUACGAGAGUGUGAUUUCAGAUGAUGACUAUUCAGAUCAAGAAUCGCAAUCGCCUUCAUCUUCCACUACAAACGCACGAGAGACAGAAGGAGACACAACUGACAAGAUUCAGCCGAAAAAAGAAUGGGUAUUACCUGCUCGUGCCAAACCUGGUCGAAAGCCAAGCGAAGUUGAACCGCCAACGAAACGAAAAGCACAAAAUCGUGCAUCACAAAGAGCAUUUCGUGAAAGGCGUCAAAGCUACUUAGCAUCCUUAGAAGCAAAAGUGAACGAAUACGAAGAAAGAGGUGCAAACUUUUCAACCGAGCUUCAAAAAGUGGCAAGAAGACUAAAAGAGGAGAAUGAUGAAUUGAAACAACAAAAUAAGACACUCCAUGCUAAAGUUCAGCAGUUGGAGGUCGCCCUGGCGUUACGUAAUAGUAGUAGAAGUCCAGCAACAUCCGUCAAAGUGGAAGAUGUUACCAUGGAUUCUCCUCAAUCAACGACCGCUAGACAUGAAAUUGGAAUGCCCGUUUCGAUGUUACUCGAAGAUGCUCCUCGUAGAACAUCCUGGGAUUGGUCAACAGGCUCUUCUCGAGCUGGUCAAAGUUCUCUUCAAACUUCACCGGAAGAGCAAACUGCUGAAAUGCAUCGUGAUUGCGGAUUUUGCACGGAGCAAAGUCCGUGUGUUUGUAGUGGCGAAGCAGUUUUGGAUUUCAGUUCUAACUCCUCAUCAACGAGAAAGCAAACCUAUCCUUCUCGAUCACACAUUCAACCAUCUUCUCUUCCAUUACGUGCUCACCUCGAAAGGCGGGCGAUCAGCAGACAGAAGCUUUGGUAUACCGUUCCUGCUUCACAACAAGCAGCGGGUAGGCAGGUACAAAUCUGUCCAACAGCAAAUUUGCGCAAGAUGAACAAUCUACGUGCUUUUCAACCGUUACCAAUGAUACAAAGUGGUUCAUCAAUGCUCCCUCCGCCCAUGCAAUCUCCCAGAAAGGCAAGUCUGUGGCCUGUCUACCCAUUAACAUCUCCAAAGAAGACCCUGAGUGGGAUGAUACCGUCUUCACCUCAAAUGCCAUUCUCAAGAGGACCACAAACACCUCCAUUAUCACCUCAGCAACCAACGAUCUUUCGAAUGAAAAAAGUUCUUCCAGGCGCAAUACCUGCCGUUUGUUCUGGUGAUCCGAAUGAUUGUGCAGCAUGUGCAACUGAUCCUGCUUUAGCGGCAUUUUGUAGAGCAGUUUCAUCGCAUUUAGAAGGUGAUGGAGUAGCGAAUGCAGUCAUGCUGGAUGCUGGAAAUGCACUUCCACUUCGAAAGAGAAGGAUGAGAGGAAUGAGUACAAGUAUGCAAAGGGUAUCAAAUGCACCAAUGCAAUUAACACCACAAAGUCUGUAUACGAAUGGAGCGGGUGUUCAUCCUUCAACAAGACCGAAGCUUUGGUCUGUCUCACGGAAUGGCUAUCAAGGCGAUCCAAAUGCAAGUGCGACGUCCAUUCCAAGUAAUACACAAACAAGGUUAUCAUCUUUACGCAGACAUACAACUUCAGAUGUACGACGCGAAAAUAAAACAAGUGAACCUGAAAUAGGUAUCGAAACAAUUCCAGAAGCAUGGCAAAGGAUCAAACAACAUCCAAGCUUUGCAAAUUGGCAAGGUGGUCUGGAUUUAUUGGCUGAUGUUGUCACUCGAAAAUCAUCAGAUGAAGAAGGAAGCAAUACAAGUCAAUCUUCUCCCCAUAAGAUUGAAGAUCCGACUCCGGCACCUAAACAACAUUUGACCACGGAAGAAGAUCUUGGAAAGAAGCGCCGACAAAUCGAACUGGAACAAAGUACAAAAGAGGAAGGUAAUGUUCGAUCCUCACUCAGCGAAUCAUCUUCUCAAUAUAACAAACGCAGAAAACUUUACGUCGAUCGAAGAAGGGUGGAUGACGUUUUAGCACUAAUGGACAGAGGAACGCCAAGUGUGACCGCAAGUCCUCCAUCUCCCACAUUCGAUGAAGGACAAGCAUGUGCAUGUCCUUUGAGCAAAAUUAUGUAAUAUUAUACCCCAUCUCAUUUUGUUAAUACAUCUAAGCUGAUACAAC